AUGGCCCCAGCACGUUCAACGCGGACGAGAGCUGCAGAGUUUGCUGAUAACAAACCUCAAGAUUCGAAAAAUUCCGUGUCAAACGUGUCCACUGAAGUUGGUUCUGCAGAGGCAUUGGAUGUAGAUGAGAAUGUCGAACUCUUAGACGAAUCUGAUGCUGAGGUAAAGAGUAAUAAAUCAAGCAGUGCUACUGAACAGAAUUUACGUGAGGAUAUCCGCAAAAAACGGUCGGAAGCAACUCAAUUGCGACGUAGUACUCAAGGAAAGAAACAUGAUAUUUUAGGGGAACGAUUUCGAUACCUGCUUGGCCUUACCGAUCUCUUCCGACAUUUCAUUGAAACAAACCCGAACCCUCGCGUCAAGGAAAUCAUAACUGAAAUUGACCGCAGAAACGCCGAAACUGAGAAAGCAAACAAAGGACGAGAUCGACAAGGCGGUGCAGCUGCUGAAAGAAGAAGGAGAACCGAAGCCGAAGAAGACGCAGAACUUCUCAAGGAUGAUAAUAUCGGAUGCUCAGCCGAGACAGUAUUCAGAGACUCACCCAGAUUUAUUCAGGGUGGACAGAUGCGAGAUUAUCAAGUUGCAGGUCUUAACUGGCUCAUAUCACUGCACGAGAAUGGAAUAUCCGGUAUCCUUGCAGAUGAAAUGGGUUUGGGUAAAACUCUCCAGACAAUCUCAUUUUUGGGAUAUUUGAGGCAUAUAAUGCAUACAUCAGGACCCCAUCUUGUGAUAGUUCCAAAAUCUACCCUUGAUAACUGGAAAAGGGAGUUUGGAAAGUGGACACCUGAAGUGAAUGUUUUGGUUCUCCAAGGAGCAAAAGAAGAACGUCAAAAUUUAAUAUCCGAACGCUUGAUAGAUGAAGAUUUUGACGUAUGCAUUACGAGCUAUGAAAUAAUUCUGCGUGAAAAAUCUCAUCUGAGAAAGCUCGCUUGGGAGUAUAUCAUCAUUGAUGAGGCACAUCGUAUCAAAAACGAAGAAUCAUCACUUGCACAGGUCAUACGAUUAUUUGAUUCUAGAAAUCGUUUGCUCAUUACAGGAACUCCUUUGCAAAAUAACCUUCAUGAGCUAUGGGCCCUACUCAAUUUCAUACUACCAGAUGUCUUCGGUGAUUCCGAAGCUUUUGAUCAAUGGUUCUCCGGUCAAAGCGGAGAUCAAGACACCGUAGUGAAGCAACUACAUCGUGUCCUACGCCCGUUUCUAUUGCGAAGAGUUAAAAGUGACGUAGAAAAAAGUUUGCUACCAAAAAAGGAAAUUAAUCUUUAUAUCGGAAUGUCUGAUAUGCAAGUAAAAUGGUAUAAGAAGAUUUUAGAGAAAGAUAUUGACGCCGUUAAUGGGGCUGGUGGAAAGCGAGAAUCAAAGACUCGACUUCUCAAUAUCGUCAUGCAGCUGCGAAAAUGUUGCAAUCAUCCUUACCUUUUUGAAGGUGCCGAACCCGGCCCUCCUUACACAACAGACGAACAUCUUAUUUACAAUGCAGGAAAGAUGGCAAUGUUAGAUCGACUGCUCAUCCGACUGAAGAAACAGGGGAGCCGUGUUCUCAUAUUUUCUCAGAUGAGCAGGCUGCUUGACAUUCUUGAAGACUAUUGUGUUUUUAGAGACUUUAAGUAUUGCCGAAUAGAUGGUAGCACAGCACAUGAAGAUCGUAUUGCUGCAAUCGAUGACUACAACAAAAACGACUCUGAAAAAUUUGUUUUUCUUUUAACCACCAGAGCAGGUGGUCUUGGCAUCAAUCUUACCAGUGCUGACAUCGUCGUACUCUUUGAUAGUGAUUGGAACCCUCAAGCCGAUCUGCAAGCGAUGGAUCGGGCGCAUCGCAUAGGUCAGAAGAAGCAAGUUAUUGUAUACAGGCUUGUUACGGAGAAUGCGAUAGAAGAGAAAGUAUUAGAACGCGCUGCCCAAAAGCUUCGUCUUGAUCAACUUGUUAUCCAACAAGGUCGAGCUCAGACUGCUGCAAAGGCUGCUGCUAACAAAGAUGAACUUCUUAGUAUGAUUCAGCAUGGAGCUGAAAAGGUUUUCAAUUCUAAAACAGCUACGGGAAUACUUGCUGAGAAAGGCUCUGAACUCAAUGAUGAUGACAUUGACGAUAUUCUAAAGCAUGGUGAACAGCGCACUGCUGAACUCAAUGCCAGAUAUGAGAAGCUCGGUAUUGAUGAUCUACAAAACUUUGCAUCGGAAUCAGCGUACGAGUGGAAUGGCCAAGACUUCACGAGUCGUAAAAAAGAGAUUAAUAUCAGCUGGAUUAACCCUGCUAAACGCGAGCGAAAGGAACAAUCAUAUUCCAUGGACAAGUACUACAAGCAGGCACUUUCAACUGGUGGUCGUACAGCUGACACUAAACCUAAAGCUCCUCGUGCACCGAAACAAGUCACAGUGCAUGACUAUCAAUUUUUUCCUGGCACCCUCAGAGACCUCCAGGAUCGUGAGACUGCGCAUCAUCGAAAAGAGAUUGGUUACAAAGUCCCCUUACCUGACGGCCCUGAAGAUGAACUUUCCAAUCGGGAAGCAGAGAGAGCUCUUGACCAGGCUGAGAUUGAUAACGCCACUCCACUUACAGAAGAGGAACAAGAAGAGAAGCAGAGACUCUCCCAGAUGGGAUUUGCCGACUGGAAUCGGAGAGAUUUUCAACAGUUUAUUAAUGGUUCAGCUAAAUACGGACGGAAAUCAUACUCAGCAAUAGCGGAAGAGGUUGAUCACAAAAAUGAGCAAGAAAUCAAGCAAUAUGCAAAGGUCUUCUGGACUCGCUAUACCGAGGUUGCUGAUUACAGUAAAUAUAUUGGUCUUAUUGAAGCCGGAGAAGAAAAACUGCGGAAAGUAGAUCAUCAACGGAAGAUGUUAAGAAAGAAAAUGGCUCAGUAUCGAGUGCCUCUACAGCAGCUCAAGGUGAACUACAGUGUAUCGACUACAAACAAAAAAGUCUACACAGAAGAAGAGGAUCGAUUUCUACUCGUCUCAUUGGAUAAGUAUGGAGUUGAUAGUGAAGGUAUUCACGAACGUAUUCGGGAUGACAUCCGGAAUAGUCCUUUAUUCCGAUUUGAUUGGUUCUUCCUCAGUCGAACCCCCGUAGAAAUAAGUAGAAGGUGCACUACAUUGUUAACUACAGUUGCGAGGGAAUUCGAAGAAUCGACUAGUACCAAAACAUUAAAUAGUAAUGCUAGCGGAAAACAUAAGAGGGAGGCUGAUGAUGAUGCUAACGAUGAGGAUUGCAAACGUAGCACUGGUCCAGCCAAAAAGAAAGCCAAAAAUAGUGUAAAGAAAAAAUUACUGGAAAAUUCGAAGGUCACCGGGGGAAACCGUAAUUCUAUUGAAAGGAGCUCACAAGCAGCAAAUGGUGUAUCGAAUAGAAAGGGUCGGACAAGGGGCAGGAAGAAAUGA